AUGGUCAUCAAGUACGGAGUGCCCGAGAAGCACAUCAACCUCCAAGGCGGCUGGCCGACGCCGCGCCUGCAUCCCAGUGCGGAACUGGGAGAGGCCGCCGCCCGGGUCUUUUCAAACCCCAAUAUACAGGAGAAAUUACGAUACGGCGCAGGCCAAGGUGAAAUAAACCUGCGCUCUCACAUUGCCAGCUGGCUCACGGACGAGUACCAGCCUGAAGCCGGCGCCGUGAAUCCAGACCGCAUCCUCGUCUCCAACGGAGCGUCCAAUGGCCUAGCGACGAUUCUGCAGAAAUUCGCCGACCCGGGCCAGGGCGAGGAGGGCUACACGCAGACCGUGUGGAUGGUGGAGCCGACAUAUCACCUGGCGGCCGCCAUCUUUCGCGACGCCGGCUUCAACGGAGUAGGACCCGGGGGCCGCCGUAGGAUCCGCGGAGUGCCCGAGGGUGUCCGGGGCGUGGAUCUGGAGUAUCUGCGGACCGCGAUCCAAGCAUCAGAAAAGGAUCACGAAGGUCACUAUCGUCACGCGCAAAAGGACCCCAAUAAUGGCUACCCCAAAAUCUAUCGCCACAUCUUGUACAUGGUCCCGACCUUUUCCAACCCGAGCGGGCGCACCAUGGCGUACGAGGACCGCGUGGCCCUGGUCCAACUAGCUCGCGAAUUCGACAUGCUCCUCGUGACCGACGAUGUCUACGACGUGUUGCGGUGGUGUCCUGAAGACGGCUGUGCGUGUGUGCGCGCCGAGGACGGGAACAACAACAACAACAACAACAACAACACCCGACGACAACGGCACUUGAUCUCCCCGCCCCGACUGGUCGAUAUCGACCGAAUCCUACCGGGUUCGCCCUCGCCCUUUGGCAAUACCGUGAGCAACGGCUCCUUUUCCAAGAUUGUCGCGCCGGGGACCCGCGUCGGUUGGAUGGAGGCGACUCCGGACUUUGUGGCGACCUUGACUCGGGUCGGAGCCACGUCAUCGGGUGGCAACCAGGCACACAUGUCAUCACUUAUCAUAGGGGAAUUAUUCGCCCAAGGCGACCUACAGCGUCAUUUGAAGCAUGUCUUGAUCCCCACGUAUAGGAAACGCUACUAUACCAUGGUAGCCGCCAUCCGACAUUACUUAUAUCCGUUCGGGGUGAGGAUAGCAACAGAAGAAUCCUCUGACGCCGCGGAUGCUGCCGAGCAGCCCGCGGGUGGCUUCUUUUUAUACAUUCUGUUUCCCCGAGAAGAUAUCGCCCCGGCUGUCGAUGAUAUUUGUAGUCUGGCACUUGAGCACUUCAAUCUCAAGAUUGCCCCCGGGCGUAUUUUUAGCGUAGCUGACGACCCUGUUGAGCGACCGGACCGUUCGAGAGACUUUGUAAGUGGCGCUCGGCUAUGUUGGGCGUGGCAUGAAGAGGAUGAGCUGAUCGAGGGCAUUGAGCGACUGGCUGAGACCCUAAAGAUGGCAAACUCGAAAAGCUCAUAG